AUGCCCAUGUCUUCGUACAGAUGGCACGAGGGCGCAGCUGCGCAGGGCUGGCGGAAACCUGCCAACUGGGCGUUAUUGUCUCAGUACCGGCAAACCGGCCGCCGUCAAUAUCUCUGCGACUCGUCAAGUGGGUCUCUGCGGGUUCGCGCACCGGGAUACAUGCCGGGCCAGUUGGAUUGUUUACAGUUACACGCGAGUUGCACACGCGACUCCUUGCUCAGGGCCGCAGGAACACUCAGACGUCAGCCUUGGAACAACUUAAUCGGCACAAAAGAGCCCCAUCAUCUGUUCGAGACGGAGUACUGGCUUUCGAAGGGCUUCGAUGGCCGUGACACGAAUGCUCUAUCCGACUCUGUGGAACUCAAGCCCGGGGCUCGGAAUCUGGUGCCCAGGCCCAUGUUCAGUUCUCGUCCUCCCCCAGUGUCGUCACAGGUGCAGGACAGUGAUUGA